AUGGACUACUCUCCUGUGUUGCUGGGUGAACCUGAUAACCAACUCCAGUGUUCCAGAUAUCCAAAGAUUUGCAGUUUGAUCCUGUACCUGGGCUGUACUCCAUCUCCUGCACAACUGGCUCCAAAUUUUAAACAAGGUUACAAGGGUCAGGUUCUUGAGAUUAUAAUCACAUAUGACAGCAGGUUUCACAAGGAUAACUUGUCUGUACCUAACUGGCUCCAGCAGAGAUCAUCAGAUAAGAAACUGCUUAACAAUGCAUGCUUUGCUAACAAAAUGACAGUGGCUAGCUGUGUCUACUCCUGGGGAGGAACCCUAUUGCUGACCGGAUUACCAAACACAAUCAGGUUUUUAGAGAACCAGGCAGUUGACUCAUCAGUGUUCACCUUCUCGGUGAAUUCCACAACUGCUAUAUCAUCUGGAUACCCUGUUAUCAUAAACACCAGUCCCCUUACUAAAGCCUUCAAAAUGACAUACUCUCCACCCACUUAUAAUGUGGUUAUUACUGGGUCUCCUAACCUGGAUUUUGAGACAAUGCCCAAUAGCUUUGAUUUACAGAUUUAUGUAGAAAACACAAGAGGAGAUACUGACCUCCAGCUCUUAACAGUGCAGCUCAUUGAUGUCAACGAGCCUCCUGUUUUCCAGGAUAACUUGGCAAAUCAAGCUGUGAAUGUUUAUAUCACAGAAGGAUCUCCAAUUGGAACAAUUUAUCAGAUUCAAGUAACUGAUCCUGAAGAUGCAAAACCUACACUAACAUUCUCAUUGAUUCCAGCUUCAGCUCCCUUCUCUGUAUCCUCUACGGGAAGUAUAUUCUCUACAAAGAUAUUUGAUUAUGAGUCAGACCCACAUAGUUACUCAUUAACAGUAAACGUGAAGGACCCAAAAGGACUCUCAGUCAAUGGAACACUCAAUGUCAUUAUUAUGAACAUCAAUGAUGAAACGCCCUACUUUACCAUAACAACCACAACGUUCAGAAUUCCAGAGGAACAGAGUCCAGGGACUUCAGUGGCCAACAUUACUGCUAUAGAUCCGGAUGGUGGAUUCAUUAGCACUCUGCUUUACACAAUCAAUACACCAACUGAAUAUUUCACAAUUAAUGAGCGUACUGGGGAUAUACAAAUUGCCAUGACCAUAGACCGUGAAGCUGACCCAUUCAGACUGCAUCCUAAUAUAGUACUGGAAAUUGAAGUGAGAGACAAACCAAGUGGAGGACAUUCCAACAAAACCUUCAUUACAUUCAUUAUUGAAGAUCUUAAUGAUAAUCCACCAGUUUGCACAAAGUAUGCAUUUAGUAAAUCAGUACCUGAAACUGAAAUUAAUGGCACCCUCAUCAUAGAUCUAAAGGAUUCCUGCUCCGACGUAGAUGUUACAUCUCUCUACAAUCAGUUCAACUUUACUGGGCUAUCUGGACUUGGAAGCAAUGAGAGAUUUCAGAUGAUCCCAGCUGGCUCAGGACAAAUAGUGUUAACUGGAGACCUCAACUAUGAAAGCCCAAACAACCUUGCAGUUGGAAAUGAAUACAGUCUGAAAGUGGUAGUGCAGGAUAUUGCCUUUCCAUAUUAUAAACAAAACUUGUACGUAUACGUGAAAACAAUACCAGUCAAUGAAUUUCCUCCGGUGUUCAAUAGCUCAACGUACGUGUUCAAUAUCUCAGAACUCUCCCCACCUGGAACUAAAAUUGGGCAACUGUAUGCGACAGACAGAGACUAUCCCAUUAAUGUAAUAACCUACUCCAUUGUGGGCGGUGGUAGCACUUUGGGAGCCACUAGCAUAUUUUGGAUUAAUCCAAACACAGCAAAUUUGGAGCUUGCUUAUUUUGCAGAUUAUGAGACAACAAAACAGUAUAUACUUCUUGUACAAGCUGCUGACCAGGGGCCACUCUACUCUACGGCAACAGUUACAGUGAACAUUUUUGAAGCCAAUGAUGAAAAACCAGUCUGCUUGCCAAAAUCAUAUUCACUUUCUAUUCCAUCAAAUACAGCUAUUGGGACGAACAUACAGAAUUUCAAGCUGACAUGCACAGACCGGGAUUCUAGCCCUAACUCUUUCCGUUACUUUAUUAAUUCAGGCAACAUAAACAAUCAUUUUACUUUGUCACCUGAUGCUGGUUCUAAUAUCACAAGCCUAGUGCUUGCAAACCCGUUUGACUAUUCCGGAGGGGUUGAUACUACUUUUAUUUAUAACCUAAGAGUCUACAUAACAGAUGAUAACUUAUUGACAGCUGCCCAAAGAGCAUCAACUGUUGUUCAGACUGGAAGCGUUUCUAUUCAAAUCUAUGUUUACAUUCCUGGACUGACUACACUUAAGACCACCACCACACCUGGCAUUAUUUAUGUGACCACAACUAAAAAUGCUUAUUCAGCAUCUGCCUGGUACUUGCCGUUUGUGAUUACAAUUGGCAGUUUGCUUCUCCUUGGUCUCCUGGGAUAUCUGACAUAUCUUCUUGCCAAGCACUGCCCCUGUAGAAGUAAACCGAAGCCGGACACUGAAAGGCUGAUAAGCCCUCCAGAAAAGAAAAAAGUAAAACAUGAUGUCUUCUGGGAAAUGACCAAGAUAAACACAGUCUUUGAUGGGGAAGCACAAGAUCCAAUUACAGGAAAGAUAUAUGAAUACAACUCUAAAUCUGGAGCCCGAAGGUGGAAAGAAACACAACAACCUAUCCCUAUUGAGUCUACACAAUCAUUACCACAAGUAGCAGUUAUUCCAGGUGCACCAACAGUCCCUAUACAAGAAAAAGACAAAAUGGUGUCACCAAAAGGUACCCCAAACAAGAGAGAGAAAACACCAAUGAGUCCAGUCAAGACAGAGGAGGCAAAAACUGAAAAACCAGCUACUGCAAACAGACUAAAUACUCCACCCAAAGUAGAAUCCAACAAGGAAGGAAAUGUCAGAUGGUCGCCAAGAUCUCCACGGUUAUCUCCAAAAGUAUCUCCUAAAAUUCCAAAAACUCCAACAUAAAGAAAUAACAACAAACCAAUAAGGAAGAAGAGCAGCUGUGUUUUUAGACACAUCACAGAGAGAUGUGAUAAGA